GCCACGUCAGCAGUGACGUCAGACACAGUGCCAUGUCAGCAGUGCCACGUCAGCAGUGCCACAUCAGCAGUGCCACGUCAACAACAUGACGGGCCUGCCAGGCCAACUGCCCAACGAGUCCCUUGCAGCCUACAAGCAGCGGUUCCAGGCUCAGAUAGAGGCUGAGGAACAAUGCCAGCUGGCAACCGAGGCUGCCCGCGUACAGGCUGAAGAGGCAGCAGCAGCAGAGCAACUGCAGCUACAGGCCGACGCAGACGCAGAUGCCCAGGCUCGCCGCAAGGAAGCCCAGGAUAUGCUGCAGCGGCAUGAAGCCAACAGCAUCGACAGACUCAAGUUCUGGCAUUUCGAACUGAACGGCGACGAGGCAACACCGGAAGAGAAGCACAAGGAGUUCCUCUCCAAACUCGUGACAAGGUUGUUGUACGCUUGCAACUACCAACGGUCAGAGUUGGAGAGACAGUACCAGGACCUGACGCAACAGCAUCAGGAGUUGGCAAAGCUCCGCCGCAUAGCUGUACCAGGACCAGCUGCUGGGGCUUCCAGCAGUGCACCCUCUAGCCGCCAACUAGAGGACCGCGUUGACCACGUAGUGGCAAUGCUUGGCGACAUCAGCACUUUCGCUGCGCCGACCACCACCAUCAGCAGUCAGCUGCAUACAUUGAAGACCGAGGUCCAGCAGUUGCAGACGACGAACCCGGAUGGCAACCCGAAGAUGUAUAAGAUGCCAACUUUCAAUCUGGAGAGGUUCGACGACUACACGCAGCAGGAUCUGGUCCUCUGGUGGGAAGCAUUCACAACGCAACUCAGGAUUCUGCCCGUAGCCAAACAUGCGUACAUUGGCGCCCUGUUCCUGAACUCAAAGGGCGGAUGCCCGACCUGGUUGAGCCACCAGGCAACCUCCCACGGCGUCGACGUACCAGACUUGAAGGACAAAAUCACAUGGGAGGAACUGACAUGGCUGUGGAAGAAGCGGUUCAUCGUCGACGACGCGCCGACACUCGCCAUCAACCGUUUGUUAACCAUGUCACAGGGCAACACUGCAACACGGGACUGGCUCACGGAGUGGCAGAAGAUUGCGGCAGUGCCCAAUCUAGACCUGCCUUUCACUCAUCUCAUACGUGAGUUCUACAACAGAUCCUGUGCUGCAUUGAGCCAGGCUCUUGGUGAUCGCGAGCAGUACUCCACUUUCGCCGAGAUUAUCGACAAGGUGAGAGAAAUCAUCAAGACCAACAGGUCAGCUGCACACGAGAAGUCACCAUGGCAGCCGACCUAUGUGGAGAAGGUACGAACUGGUCCGCGACAGCAACACUUCGUUGCAGUCCAGCAGGACAAUGGAGAUAACCCAGCAACCACUCCAGCAUCAAGUCGGAAAUUGACAGCCAGUACAAGUUCCAUGGGUCAAGUUUGGCUUGACCGAGGCGGAGUACAAGGUUCGCGACCACUACGGCAACUGCUACUGGUGCAACAGCACCAAGCACAAGACCUCCCUAUGCCAGGAUCAGGGCAAGGAGGAUGUGCGACCCCGCCUCAGCUCGGGAAACUGAGCUCCGCGGAAGGUGAGGCGACUCCACCUUCUACUCCACCAGAUUCGGCCGCCUUGCUAGUGGCCUCCUGCACAUCUGGGGAGGAUGCGAAUGCCGCAAGUCCUCGGUAUACUUACGAGGAUUAUGCUGUCCACUUGGUUCCACCGCUAGACCAACCGCUCCACGUGCAACAGUCCACCGCAUGCACGGUUUCAUCACCAUCGGCAACCGAUUCGGCAGCUUCGCCGCAAUCUAUCGUUGAGGAUUCGACGUCAUGGUCAAGACUUGAAGAGCUCGACCCGUUGACGUUCACGGACUUCCAGUGGAUGCCCGUUCCCUCGACCGGACGAUUGCCGAAACCACAUUGCAAUGUGCUCAUGGCACAACUGCGGGACUACUUGCACACUGCAGUACUUACUCCGUUGAUGGACGCCGAAGCAGAGGUUGUCGACCUUCACGCUUACAUCGCGAAGAUCGACCUCGAGUUCAAGACGCAACGGUACGACGACAUCGACGCACCAUUGCUAUACGUACGCAUUCAGAUUGGAGAGGCGACCUGCAGUGCCUUGAUCGAUUGCGGAGGGUCUCGCAACUACAUCAGCCAGGACUUCAUGGUGCGUGCCGGCCUUGGCCCACGCGUUCGGAGGAAGCCCCAGCCUACGCAAGUCACAUUGGCGGACGGUCACACGCACAAGUCAAUCGAUCGGUGCAUUGACAGCGUCCCAGUGUACUUUGCCCCUCACUCAAGUGAGGCGGUGUCCUUUGACAUUAUGGACACCAAAUUUUACAUGAUCUUGGGCAUGUCAUGGCUCCGAAGCGAGGAUCACCCGGUGAACUUCUUCAACCGCACCGUUCACAUUCGUGAUCGGAACGGAGUACUAGUUCCAUGCAUGGUGCCUCUUCCUCAUCCUUCGAUCAACUGCCACGUGGUAUCCGCCGCAAGCAUGCGAGCUUCCAUCAUCAGAGACAACAUCGAGGAGAUGGGGGUGUAUUUUCUCCACGCCCUCCCGCCCCAUGACGCUUCAUCGACGGACUCACCUUCGGAUUCACGCAUCACCGAACUUCUCGACGCCUACAGCGACGUGUUCGAAGGCCCGCACGGAGUAGUACCGGAUCGACCCAUCCGCCACGAGAUCAUCCUCGAGGACGGGGCCGUACCUCCGCACGGUUGCAUCUACCGAAUGAGCGAGGAAGAGUUAAGUGUGCUCCAUGCACAACUCGACGACCUUCUAGAGAAAGGCUGGAUUCAGCCCAGCUCAUCGCCAUAUGGUGCUCCUGUUUUCUUCGUCCGGAAGAAGAACAAGGACCUGCGGUUGUGCAUCGAUUAUCGCAAGCUCAACGCGCAGACGAUCGGGAACGCCGACCCUCUCCCACGCAUCAAUGACCUUCUCGAGCGAUUGGGCGGCGCCCAAUUAUUCUCUAAGCGGAUCUCAAGUCAGGGUACCACCAACUUGAGAUUCGCAAGGAGGAUCGCUACAAGACCGCGUUCAAGACACGCCACUUUCCAAGCGGCUAUGAUAACGGAGUUCCGACACAUGCUGGAUCGGUUUGUACUCAUCUACCUCAACGAUAUCUUGGUGUAUAGUCAGAGUUUGGACGAGCAUGUGGAACACCUGCGCACCGUUUUGGAGCGGCUACGACAAGCCAAGUACAAAGCAAACUGCGACAAGUGCGAGUUCGCACAGCAGGAGCUGGAGUACUUGGGACACAAUGUGAUGCCGCAAGGCAUCCCUCCGCUUGCGGACAAGAUCGAGGCCCUACAAUCGCCAAAGGUUCCAUUCGUAUUCGAUGACGACGCACGCCGGUCAUUCCAAGCACUUAAGACGGCUAUGCUCAUGGCACCCGUCCUUAGCAUCUAUGACCCCACCCUGCCAACGCGAGUGACUACGGACGCUUCCGCCUAUGGCAUUGGGGCAGUCUUGGAACCGCACAACGACGACGACUGGCACCCUGUGGAGUAUCUCAGCCACAAAGCGCCUCCCAUCAACUCGCUUGAUGAUGCAAGGAAGAAGGAGCUGCUUGCAUUUGUGAUGGCUCUCAAGCGCUGGAGGCACUUCCUCCUUGGGCGUUGUAGGUUCACAUGGGUCACAUACAACAAUCCAUUGACCUACUAUAAGACGCACGACACGGUGAGCAGCACGAUCAAACGAUGGAUGUACUUCAUCGACCAAUUCGACUUCACACCGAAACAUGUCCCCUGCCUCUCCAAUCGCACAACAGAUGCACUCUCGCGAAGACCUGAUCUUUGCGCUAUGACACAUCAUGCCUUCGCAUUCGACAAGGAGCUUCAGCGACACUUCAUCCGGGCAUAUCAAUCAGAUCCGGACUUCGGCAUGCUCUAUGCACAGCUAUCUUCGGAUCACCCGCCGGCCAGCCAUUACCGCAUUGUCGACGGGUACUUGCUCCUCCACUCGAGAGCAAGGACUUACUAUGUGUCCCACACGACCGUCGUUUUCGGACUCGCCUCCUCGACGAGUAUCAUGAUUCACAACUCGCCGGCCAUUUCGGAGUCAACCGCACUAUUGCACGGCCUCGACAGCGAUUCCGUUGGCCUGACCUCAUUACCGAUGUCACUCGGUAUUGCGACUCUUGCGAAGUUUGCCGACGCAGCAAGCCCCGCAACCGCAAUCCCUACGGCGAAAGACAUUGUCAGCGACCGCGACACUCGUUUCAUGUCGGCGUUUUGGACUGCUCUCAUGCAAGAGUCCGGCACAACAAUGAAACCAAGUUCGGCUCGACAUCCUCAGACAGACGGGCAGACGGAGCGGGCACAUCAAACCGCUCAAAUGAUGCUUCGUACGCUCAUCCGUACGGACCAGAAAGAUUGGGUUGACCGCCUCCCCGACAUCGAGUUCGCCUACAACACUUCGGUGCAUCCUGCGAUCGGCGUGACUCCAUUCGAGUUACACCACGGUGGACAGAAAGGCCGGAUCUUCGCCGACCUUCUCCUCCCUCGACCAGCCGAUAUUAACGCUGCCUGCUCUCCCGCUUCCGUCCGGAAGUACAGGGAAUUGUUGACUCAAGCCCGCGCAAAUAUGCAAAAGGCUCAAGUCUGCAUGCAGCAGCAAGCCAACAGGCGUCGCAUACCAUGUCCCAUUUGCGUCGGUGAUCUGGUUUGGGUCUCUGCGGAAGAGUUUGCACUGGAACAGGAUGUUUCACGCAAACUGCUUCCCAAGUGGUUUGGACCUUGGUCUGUGACAGCAGCCGCGGGCGAUGAGCCCGAUGGCCCUUCAUUUGUGAUCAACAUUCCAGAGCAUCGGACGGUCCAUCCGGUCUUCCACGCCUCGAAGCUGGCAACAACCACGCCAGCCAAGAGCGACAACUUUUCCGAUCGACGAUCGCAGGACCCUCCUAUGGAUGUCCAUCAGGAAGUUGACCGCGUCAUCUCCGAUCGCAAGUACGAGAGCAAGCCACGGCAGUACAAAGUCACAUUCAAAGCAUGCGAUCGCGACGACACUCGGUGGAUUUCAGGUGCAGAUUUGAAAGCAUCCGCACCGCUGAUCUACGCGCAUUAUGAAAAGCGGAGGUUAGCUCAGGAAGCUUCUCGACCAGCCCCUCCCACCCGGACUGAGGUCCCUCCCUCAGACAGACAGCUUCGCCCUCGCAGGUAAGCUCGGUUCUUCAAGGAGGGGGGGGUGUGGCAUACUUCGUAGCCACACGGGCCCUGCAGGGCCCGUCCCAGGCAUUCAGCCUAAAAGCCUAAAAC